AUGAGUAGAUUAUAUGCGCAUCACAAUUCAUCAAGUCUGUCUGAGCAGGCAGAAUCAAAAGUCUUGAUACUCUAUACCGGCGGUACGAUUGGUAUGAAAAAAACAGAGAGAGGCUAUGAACCUUAUCCUAAUUACUUAGCAAACUCAUUAAAGUCCUUGCCCAUGUUACACGAUCCUAACUAUGAUCAAGAGUUGUUCUCUCCUCCGGACAACUUGGAAUCUCUCAUUUUCUCAAUUUAUGGUUGUCGAGUUAUUUAUUGUGUUAUGGAGUACGAACCUUUGAUGGAUUCAUCCGAUAUGUCUAUGGAUGUUUGGGCAAAGAUCGCAAUGGACAUAAGAAAAUAUUACGAAAUAUUUGAUGGUUUUGUUAUUCUUCAUGGAACUGACACUAUGGCUUAUACGUCUUCAGCACUUUCAUUUAUGUUGGAAGAUUUAGGAAAAUCAAUCAUUUUAACUGGAGCCCAAGUCCCGAUAUACGAGCAGCGAAGUGACGGAAGGGAGAACUUAUUAGGGGCAUUGAUAAUAGCUGGUCAUUAUGUUAUACCAGAAGUUACGUUAUACUUUGAUCAUAAACUAUAUCGUGGUAAUCGCGUUAUUAAAGAUAAUAACCGCGAAUUUAAUGCUUUUCAAUCACCAAAUUUUGCGCCUUUAGCCAAUGUGGGAAUAGAUAUAGAAGUUCAAUGGAGUUCUAUUUUUCGUAGUGGAAAAUUACAGAAAUUCCAUAUCUACACAAGUAUGAGCUCAAACGUUGGUAUUCUGAGAUUAUUUCCUGGUAUUACUGCAGAAACUAUACGGACGUUUCUAUUACCACCGAUGGAAGGCGUUAUAUUGCUUUCUUAUGGAUCUGGAAAUGCUCCUAGUAGAUUCCCCAACAUAAUCAAUGAAUUUCGAAAGGCAUGCGAUCGUGGUGUGCUUAUUCUGAAUAUCAGUCAAUGUUGCAGAGGGUUUGUCGAUGAUUCAUACAUGGUAGGGAAGAUCUUGACUAAUGUUGGAAUAAUUCCUGGCGCUGACAUGACACCUGAGGCUGCACUAACAAAAAUGAGCUAUUUACUAGGAAGAGAUGAUCUUGACCUAGCAACGAAACGUCGCAUGCUCAAAGAGAAUUUACGCGGAGAAUUAACAGUGCGUCUGUCUUGGAAAGAAAGUGAAUUUAUUAACAGCGUCGCACAAGCUUUGAAAGCAACAUCUAUAAAAGAAAUCGAUACCAUUCAGUCAAUGUUAUUUCCGGUAUUACUAUGUUCUGCAGCCGCAGUUGGUAAUGUCUCCUCUCUUAAAACGUUAACAGAACAGGGUGCUAAUGUAAACAGUUGUGAUUACGAUGGGCGUACCCCGCUACAUUUAGCAUCUUAUGAAGGACAUGUCGAAGCUGUUAGAUUUCUGCUCGAAAAAGGAGCUUCUGUAUUUUCAAGGGAUCGAUUACACAGAACGCCUUAUAUCGAUGCUUUAUUGAAUAGCCAAGCAGAGGUUGUAAAAAUUCUUAAGAUUAGUGGAGCUCAUCUGCAUAUCGGCGGAGAAGAAAUAACUUUUUACCUAAAUAACCUUAUCGAAGAGAAUAACGUCAAGUCACUAAAAUUGUGGGAAGAAGCUGGAGUCGAUUUAAACUUGAAGGGUUCUGAUUUUAGAACUCCUUUGCACACAGUAUGUCACUUCUUAGAUUGA